AGAAGACAAGCAGAGAGACUUCUCCAGACCCACUCAGACCACGUGCACGCCCUCCAAGAUGGUAUCCCGUAAGGCUGUGGCUGCUCUGCUGGUGGUACAUGCAGCUGCCAUGCUGGCCUCCCAGACGGAAGCCUUCGUCCCCAUCUUCACCUAUGGCGAACUCCAGAGGAUGCAGGAAAAGGAACGGAAUAAAGGGCAAAAGAAAUCCCUGAGUGUAUGGCAGAGGUCUGGGGAGGAAGGUCUUGUAGACCCUGCGGAGCCCAUCGAGGAAGAAGAAAACGAAAUGAUCAAGCUGACUGCUCCUCUGGAAAUUGGAAUAAGGAUGAACUCCAGACAGCUGGAAAAGUACCAGGCCGCCCUGGAAGGGCUGCUGAGUGAGAUGCUUCCCCAGCAAGCAGCCAAGUGAUGGCCACGCUGGGGAGAAGGUGGACAGAUUUGGAAGGCCCCUCCCACCCAAGUGAGGCCCUGGGAAUUCACACAGCCUGCCAGCUGGGCUUGGAAGGAAAACACCCUUUCCAAAGCAAAUCCCCCUCCAGCAAAUAAAGCAUGAAAUAUACA